UGUCUCACCCACAAAGAUGUGGGCUCAGCUCCUUCUCGGGAUAUUGGCUCUAUCACCAGCCAUUGCAGAAAAACUCCUUCCAAACUACCUGGUGACAUUACCAGCCAAGCUUAAGUUUCCCUCUACUCAGAAGGUUUGUUUGGAUCUGAGCCCUGGAUAUAAUGAUGUAAAAUUCACUAUUACUCUGGAGACUAAGGAUAAAACCCAGAAGUUGCUAGAACACUAUGGACUGAAGAAGAGGCAGUUACACUGCAUCUCGUUUUUGGUACCACCUCCUGCAGGUGGCACGGAAGAAGUAGCUACAAUCCGGGUCUCGGCUACUGGAAAUAACAUCAGCUUUGAGGAAAAGAAAACAGUUCUCAUUCAAAGGCAGGAAAAUGGCAUCUUCAUACAAACUGACAAACCUAUCUACAACCCAGGACAGCGAGUGCACUUUCGCAUUGUCACCCUGAACAGCAACUUUGUUCCAGUGAAUGACAAGUAUUCCAUAGUGGAACUGCAGGAUCCAAAUAACAACAGGAUCGCACAGUGGCUAGAAGUGGUGCCCGAGCAAGGCAUUGCAGAGUUAUCCUUCCAGUUGGCACCAGAGGCAAUGCUGGGCACCUACGCAGUGGCAGUGGAAGAGAACAAGAACUUUGGCACCUUCAGUGUGGAAGAAUAUGUGCUGCCCAAGUUUAAGGUGGAAGUGGUGGAGCCCAAGAAGUUAUCAAUGGUGGAGGAAUCUUUCUUAGUAAAAGUUUGUUGUAGGUACACGUAUGGAAAGCCCAUGCUAGGGGCAGUGCAGGUAUCAGUGUGUCAAAAGGCAUAUACUUACUGGUUUCAUGAGGCAGAACGUGAACAGCUACCUGACAAAUGCCGGAAACUCUCUGGACAGACUGACAAAGCAGGAUGCUUCUCAGCUUCUGUGGACAUGUCCACCUUCAACUUCACUGGUUAUAUGUACAGAAACAACAUCAAUAUUGUGACUACUGUGGUGGAGGAAGGCACAGGAGUGGAAGCUAAUACCACACAGGAUAUCUACAUUUCUACACAAAUAGGAUCAAUGACCUUUGAAGACACCAAUGAUUAUUAUUACCCCAAUUUCCCCUUCAGUGGGAAGAUAAGAGUUAGCGGCCAUGAUGGCUCCCUCCUCAAGAAUCAUGCAGUGUUUCUGGUGAUUCAUGGCACAAAUGGAACCAUCAACCACACCCUAAUUACUGACGAAAAUGGCCUUGCUCCCUUCAAGCUGGAUACAGUUCAUUGGAAUGGAACAGACAUUUCUCUGGAGGGCAGGUUCCAAAAGGAAGAUUUGGUAUAUAAGCAAAACCAGAUGGCUGGAUACUACCAAAAUGCCUACCUGCACCUGCAACCCUUCUACAACACAACUCGCAGCUUCGUUGGCAUCCGCCCACUAAAGGGUACCUUGGAAUGUGGGCUGCCCCAGGAAGUACUGGUGGAUUAUUACAUUGAUCCAACUGAUGCAAACCCUGGCCAGGAAAUCACCUUCUCCUACUAUUUAAUAGGGAAAGGAAGUUUGGAGAUGGAGGGGCAGAAACACCUGAACUCUAAGAAGAAAGGACUGAAAAGCUCCUUCUCUCUCUCACUGACCUUCAAUUCCAGACUAGCCCCUGAUCCUUCCCUGGUGAUCUAUGCCAUUUUUCCCAGUGGAGGUGUUAUAGCUGACAAAAUUCAGUUCUCAGUAGAGAUGUGCUUUGAUAAUCAGGUUUCCCUUGGCUUCUCACCUUCCCAGCAGCUUCCAGGAGCAGAUGUGGAACUACAGCUACAGGCAGCUCCUGGGUCCCUGUGUGCAGUCCGGGCCGUGGAUGAGGGUGUCUCACUGCUUCGGCCAGAGAGAGAGCUGAGCAACCACUCUGUAUAUGGGAUGUUCCCAUUUUGGUAUGGUCACUACCCCUAUCAGGUAGCCGAAUAUGAUCAGUGCCCAGUGUCUGGCCCACGGGACCUUCCUCGACCCCUCAUUGUUUCAGUGCCUGAAGAGCGUUGGAGCAGGCAUUCAAUUAUGUGGAGGCCUUGGAUCUCUGAAGGCACGAACCUUUUCAGAUUUUUCCAGAACAUGGGCCUAAAAAUACUGUCCAAUGCCAAAAUCAAGAACCCAGUAGAUUGCAGUCACCAGUCUGCAAAAUAUAGCAACAUAAUGGGUGGAGAAAGUGAUCAUAUUGCUCCAUUGGCUUUUGAGUCACCAUCUUCUUCAAUUCAGUCAGAGGAUUCUCAGGUCCGCCAGUAUUUCCCAGAGACUUGGCUCUGGGAUCUGUUUCCUGUUGGUAACUCAGGGAAGGAGUCUGUCCACCUCACAGUUCCUGAUACCAUCACCAAGUGGAAGGCCAUGACUUUUUGCACCUCCCAGUCCAAUGGCUUUGGUCUUUCACCCACUGUUGGACUCACUGCGUUCAAGCCAUUCUUUGUUGAUCUGACUCUCCCUUACUCUGUGGUUCGUGGGGAAUCCUUUCGUCUUACUGCCACCAUCUUCAAUUAUCUAAAGGAUUGCAUCAGGGUUCAGACUAACCUGGCUAAAUCAGAUGAGUACCAAGUAGAAUCAUGGCCAGAUUCUCAAGCCUCCAGCUGUCUCUGUGCGGAUGAAGCAAAAACCUAUCACUGGAAUAUCACAGCCAUCAAGUUAGGUCAUGUAAACUUUACUAUUAGUACUAAGAUUCUGGACAGCAAUGAACUCUGUGGGGGUCAGAAGGGGUUUGUUCCAGAAAAGGGCCGGAGUGACACACUCAUCAAACCGGUUCUGGUCAAGCCAGAGGGAGUCCUUGUGGAGAAGACACACAGCUCAUUGCUGUGCCCCAAAGGAAAAGUGGCUUCAGAAUCCAUCUCCCUGGACCUCCCUGUAGAUGUUGUUCCUGAUUCAACCAAAGCUUAUGUUUCUGUUCUGGGGGACAUUAUGGGCACAGCCCUGCAGAACCUAGACAACCUGGUGCAGAUGCCGAGUGGCUGUGGGGAACAGAACAUGGUGUUGUUUGCGCCCAUCAUCUACGUCCUGCAGUACCUGGAGAAGUCUGGGCUGCUGACCGAGGAAAUCAGGUCCCGGGCAACGGGCUUCCUGGAGCUAGGGUACCAGAAGGAGCUAAUGUACAAGCAUAGCAAUGGCUCAUACAGUGCCUUUGGGGAGAAGGAUGGAAAUGGAAACACAUGGCUGACAGCCUUUGUCACCAAGUGCUUUGGCCAAGCUCAGGAAUUCAUCUUCAUUGAUGACAAGAACAUCCAGGAUGCUCUCGAGUGGAUGGCAGGAAACCAGCUCCCCAACGGCUGCUAUGCCAAUGUGGGAAAGCUCAUUCACACAGCUAUGAAGGGUGGUAUUGAUGAUGAAAUCUCCUUGACCUCAUAUAUUACAGCUGCAUUGCUGGAGAUGAGAAAAACCAUAGAUGAUCCAAUGGUGAGUCAGGGUCUGCAGUGUCUUAAGAAUUCUGUUUCCUCCACUACCAACCUCUACACACAGGCCCUACUAGCUUAUACUUUCUCUCUGGCUGGAGAGAUGGACAUCAGAAACAUUCUUCUGGAACAGUUAGAUAAGCAGGCUAUCAUCUCAGGGGAGUCUAUUCACUGGAGCCAGAAACCUACUAGGUCAUUGGAUGCCAGCCCUUGGUCUCAGCCUGCGGCUGUAGAUGUGGAACUUACGGCAUAUGUAUUGUUGGCAUGGCUUAACAAAGGCAACCUGACUCAAAAGGAGAUAGCCAAGGCCACUGGCAUAGUGGCUUGGUUGACCAAGCAACGCAAUGCAUAUGGGGGCUUCUCUUCCACUCAGGAUACUGUAGUUGCUCUCCAAGCACUUGCCAAAUAUGCCACUACUGCCUAUGUGCCUUCUGAGGAAGUCAAUCUGGCUGUAAAAUCCACUGAGAAUUUCCAGCACACAUUCAAUGUUCAGGCUGCCAACCGGUUGGUAUUGCAGCAGGAGACUCUGCCCAGUGUCCCUGGAGAGUACACCUUGGAGGCCACAGGCCAGGGCUGUGUCUAUGUGCAGACGGUGCUGAGAUACAAUAUUCUCCCUCCUAAAAAUGUGGAGACCUUUAGUCUUAGUGUGGAAAUGGGAAAAGCUGGAUGUGAGCAACCCACUUCACCUCGAUCCUUGACUCUCACCAUCCACACCAGUUAUGUGGGGAGUCGCACCUCUUCCAAUAUGGCCAUUGUAGAAGUGAAGAUGCUUUCCGGUUUCAGUCCCAUGGAGGGCACCAAUCAGUUACUUUUCCAGCAACCACUGGUGAAGAAGGUUGAAUCUGGAACUGACACACUUAAUAUUUACUUGGAAGAGCUCAGUAAGAAGACUCAAACCUAUACCUUCACCAUCAGCCAAAGUGUAUUGGUCACCAACCUGAAACCAGCAACCAUCAAAGUCUAUGACUACUACCUACCAGAUGAACAGGCAACAAUUCAGUAUUCCGAUCCUUGUGAAUGAGGAUAGAAGUUGGAAAGAGAUUAAAUUAAUCCUUAAUGACAAUACUGGACAGCAUUCUUCUGCCUCUUAAAGCAAAUAAUUUGAUUUCUCUGAUUGACUAGAGAGUGGGUAAUAGAUGAGCAGGCCUGAACCUCAGCUACUUUUGACUACUUCACAGAUGUUUGAAUAAAGGGUUGGGGAAGGUGGGCUAGUAAUAAUCACACAAAGGAGGAAUUACAUGGGAAAGGUCACUGAGGGAGAAGAUGCGGUUUAGCCAUUUAGGGGACUCUCCAGAGAGAAGAUGGUGGUGGAGGGUGAUCCAGGGAAAAUAGGGAUGACUUCCUGGAGGUUACAUCUAAGGGAAGAUGUAAUUUACUGCUUUG